UCAUUCAUUUCUGUUAUGUCAAAAUUUAUAAAUUCGUCUGUUUUAUUUUCCCAUAUAAUAAAAUAAAAUAAAUUUAUUGAAGCUGAAGCAUAUGGUCCCCUCCAUACUUUUCAGCCGCAAUACGUAAGGAAAGUAACGAAAAUGUCUAAUUUGUUUAGACUCGCCUUAAAUAUUGCGAGCAAGGAUAAGUUACAAUAUCGACUUAUACAAGUCAUGCCAAGAUGCCUGAGUACUGUAGAAACCCCUCCUAAAGAGAAACAUAUUAGUUUAUCAAUACCUAAGGGCAUAAUGGGUCAGCCGACUUGCCACACACACCCUCACCUGGUGCAGCCGGAUUGCCUGACCUGGGGAAUGACUCAGCUGGAGUACAAGGACAGGCGGGACAGACUGGUCAGCAAGUUAGUAGGAGAGGCUGUCAACAUGCAUAACACACAUAUCAUAGUAAUACCAGCGGCCAGGAAGCAGUACAUGUCUGACCAGAUACCUUAUGUGUUCAGACAAAACUCAGAUUUCUAUUACCUCACUGGGUGCAUGGAGCCAUCUGCGGUGCUGGUUUUAAUAAAAUACUCACAAAGUCAUGAUUACAGGAGUUUAUUGUUCGUGCACGACCACGACGCGCACACUGAGAUGUGGGAGGGCCCGCGCACUGGCGUCUCGAACGCUGCCGUAUUGUUCGGAGUCGACGAGGCCUUACCCGUCGAGAAGUUCGGCAAUGUCUUGAAUAAUUUAACAUCACACAAGACCUCAGUAAUAUGGUAUCACAACGAGAACCCCGCCAACCCUGACAUCCACAACACGGUGCGGGCGACGCUGAACGGCAACGUGUCCCUGGCAGACCCCAAGCGGGCGAUGCACUUCAUGAGGGUCGUCAAGUCAGCUGCCGAAGUGGAACUCAUGAAGGCGAGCUGUGAAAUUGGUGCACAAAGCAUUAAUUUAGCCAUGGCCUGCACUAGACCUGGUACGUCGGAGCACCUAGUGAACGCGAUCCUGGAGUACUCGUGCAAGCAGGGCGGCGCGGAGCACUUGGCCUUCCCACCCGUCGUGGCCGGCGGCCCGCGCGCCACGCACAUACACUACGUGGCUAACAACCAGAAGCUGACCGAGAACGAGAUGCUGCUUGUUGACUCGGGUUGCCAGCGAUGGCUGUACAACUCGGACAUGUGCCGCACGUGGCCGGUGUCCGGCAAGUUCUCCAGACACCACAGGAUACUCUACGAACUCGUGCUCUCUGUGCAGAAGCGGCUGAUCGAGCUGCUUGCCGAGCACCGGCCGCCGCUACAUCAGCUGUUCGACGACAUGUGUCGGCUGCUCGGACACCAUCUGCAGCAGGAGGGCAUCCUGCCCAAACACCUCAGCGGGCAGGAGCUUGUGGGACGCGCCUACCGCCUGUGCCCGCACCACGUGUCGCACUACCUGGGGCUGGACGUGCACGACGCGCCGCUGGUGCCGCGCAGCGUGCCCAUCUCCAGCAACAUGGUCAUCACCGUCGAGCCCGGUAUCUACAUACGUCCAGACGACACAUCGAUACCUAAAGAGUUCCGCGGCAUCGGCAUACGGAUCGAAGACGACGUGCUCAUCACUGACGGCGACCCGGUCAUCUUAACCGACUCCUGCGUUAAGGAGGUAGCUGACAUCGAGGCUCUAGUCGGUACGCAGUCGCUGUGAACAACUAAACAAGUGAAAUUUCCUUACAACACUUAAAACUUUCCUCUUACAUCCGAUUAUGAACAUUAUGUGGUCGUGAUAAGGUUUCAUUUCAUUUAAACGAUCUCUUCUCACAGUUUGAAACGAAUUUGAGCUUUAUUUGUUUACGUAUAGUGUUUCUAUUUAUACGGAGGUUGAGUGUUGUAAGAUUUUCGCUUACGGAUAUGAGAUUUUGAAGUUAUUAUGUCAGGCCGUUGUCUGUAGGUGUCCUAUUCAGUUGUCUUCCAUAUAUAUAGUUAUUUAUCUUGUGUACAUACGACCACUUCGAAUAUAUUCAAGAUAUUUUUUAAGAAGACAAGUGUUACUUGUUCCUAAGUAGACAGUCCAGUGCUGUGUGUGUACGUUAGGUCUGACUUAGCGGUACUAUUACAAAUUUAACAGGUUGUGUGAAUAUUAUUGUUAUUUGACGGCAGAUUAUACUAUAAUUCAUUUAGUUAGGUGCUAAAGGUAAACAAUAUUUUGUCUAAGAAGACAGUUUAAAAAUAAAACCGCUAAAAACCAAAGUAAAUCAAUAAUAAAGAUGACAGAAUGAAAGAUACCACUUAAUUUAAUCAGUUUUACCUUUUUCAAGUGCCUAACCAAAUGAUACAUAGAAUUAUAUUUAUUGUUGUUUCGUUUGCUUAUAUUUUAAUGUUAUUUAUUUAUUGUUUGAAUUUAUUUAUUGUAUUUAUAAUCCAAUUCUUCACAUCCUGUCGUCUUAGUUAUAGAACAUAAUCGUUCCUGUUUCACUAUAUACCUGUUAAAUGCGAAAUUACAAACUAAUAGCUGUGAGUAAGUUUAGGGUAGAUUUGAGCGUGUCCAGAAUAUUUCAAACCACUUGUGUAGUGACGUAGGUACUGUUCUGCUAACACAAGUACAAUUUUAGACUGUUAUUAUGUACUUUGGCGGCAAAACGGAGGAGAACAAUGCAUAAAAAAGUAUUUAUGCAGACCAUAUGUAUUCAACUUCAAUAAAAAUAUAGUUUUUUUUUAAUGUAACAUUCAGUAGGACCUUGAAUGAAGUUCAAGUGAUUUUAUACACAAUUUUGACAUGUACUUUAUUAGAAAACUUAUUGUUUACUCUACUUAUUUAUAUUGUAUCUAUGCCAUCUAUUAGUAAAACAGACGAAUACAAAAUUUUCUAGUUAAGUUUAUAUAUAAGUAUUGUAAAUAACAUAAACAAAGUAAAUGUUAAAUUUACCCGA